AGGGUCACACAGGAAGUCUGUGGCUGACCUGGCCAUUGAACCCAGACUUCCUGAGUGAGAGUCCAGUGCCUUAACCACAAGAUCAUCCCUCCUCGCUAAUUGAAUUGCAGUACUGGUGGUUCACACAAUAGGCCACAUUCUGUUCUCAUUUGCACCAGGGAAAAUCCAGAGUAACACCAUUGAAAUCUGUGGAUUUACACUGAUGUAAAUGAGAACAGAAUUUGGCCAAGUAUCUCUCCUCUGUCCAUACUAGGCCCAUGUUGGUGAAAAUAAAGUCUUUCCAAGUGGCAUGUUACACCAGCUGUUUCUUAUCCUUCUUAAUAACCAUUGUGAAAGAUACAAGUCAGUUACUGCUAAUGAAAAUAAAACCAGGUACAUUAACUAUGUACUAGAUCAGUGGUCCCCAACCUUUUCUAUGGGGCGGGCGCCGGACGACUAGCCGCUGAGUGCCGUGCCCGCCGGACAAGCAGACGCCGAAAUGGCGCCGUGAAGCAGCGUCAUUAAGAGGCGUCGGCGGCAGCGCUUCUUGACGUUGCCUCUUCUCGGCGGCUUCUUGUCUGAUGGCCAGUGGGCGGGCGCACGUGGAAGCCCUGGCAGGCACCACAUUGGGGAUCCCUGUACUAGAUGUUUGCUUUAAAUCUCUCCUUCAACAACAAAGGCAUUGAAUAAAGUUGUCUCCUCUUGUGUUAGCAUUUGUGCCCAAAAGAGCUUCUGGGCAGCAGUAAUGCCGUAAACUUCCCUCUGAUCUCUGUCCUGUCACACAAGUGAUUAUACAGCCCUGCUUGUGUCUGAUCCUAAUGCAGUCUACCUUGUUUGCAUAGUUAAUUUCUCAUGAAUGCUUCAUCUCAUCCCAUGUUCUCUUCUGAUGAAAGUUCACUCAUUCCUGCCAAGGGCUGUUGACAUUUCCCUAAUUGUUGAAUUGUUGUUUCUAAAGCUAUGCGAUGCCCACUAAAACCAUGGAGGUGAUGCUUAUGCAGGAGAAAGGGUCCAGGCAGUACCUAGAUGCUGUUCUUACAACCCACCAGCGAGUUGUACAGAUCAGUGGUUUGAGUUCAACGUUUGCUCCUGUACUCUUGGAGAUUAUUCAGAGUAACCAGCCCGAAGGGGUCCAUCUGUCAGUGAAAGAGCAUACAGUGGCAGACUUCAAGGUUCGAUUAAAGGCUCGACCGGAACUUGAAGAGCUGAUUGCGCAAAUGAGCUGAGCCAGUGUCCAGCUAAAACUAUCCAGUCCAUUUCAAAGCCAUCUUUGUGACACUAUAGCAUCCCUUAAUUGGCUCCUAGUGGCCUUCAAAGGCAACUCUUAAUACGGUCUUAAUGAUAUGUUUGUUGCUUGGAAGAGGUUUCCGCUGCUCUGUUAAGGAGCUUAUUUUAAUGAAGUCAAAUGUACCCUU